AUGGUCGAGGAGAUGCUCAUCGCUAGGGUUCACGUGCAUGUGAAAGUCUUGCAGGUGCGUGGCGCUCAAUACAAAUAUCGCGGUCACGUUGUCCACUUCCUUCGCAAUGUUGGCAGGCUCUUUGAAGAGCUCCCAGUCCUACCUGAAGAGCUAGAUAUCGUCCUCCUGCGGCCUCCUAAUAUGCAGGGCGACCCUCGCUUCCGGCAACAGUUUGCUCGCGAUUUCCGGGUUGUGGAAGAGGACCCUAGCGAUGCCGAUGCAUCAGCGAUCCCGAAUUCGCAGGUCACUGAUACCGAAUUGAACGCUCUGCAGCCCCGAUUUCUUGAUGGGACCCCUAACCCUGAGCGCAUGACUGAUCUGGAGUAUAUGCCGCGUAGUGCGCAGACUCAACACCAGAUGCCACUGCCUUCCAUUCGCAGGACCCCUAUCGACGAAUUCAACUGUUCCCGGCCGCUGUUAACGCUCGCCUUCCCUACCCUCUACCCUGACGGCAAGGCCGACUUCGUGGAGCCUCGCUUACGGAGCAUCACGUAUCAGGACUACCUUGGCCAUGUGAUGAGUUGGCAUGACGGACGUUUUGCCCGCCAUAAGACGUGGCCUUUCGUCGCCCUCAAUACGAUGUUACAGGAAGCGAUGGCUGAGCCUGACGAGCCGGAGGCUCAGGCCCUGAUCCAGUCAAUCACGCGCCAAGCCGCGGUAAUCAGGGGCACCCGGCCGUAUUGGUAUAAGCAAAGGAAGGAAUUGGAAGCAUAUGCCUAUAAUCUAGGCAAGCCUGGUCUUUUCGCUACUGCAAGUGCAGCCGAUCAUCACUGGGAAUCCCUAUACCGUCAUAUGCCUCGAUUUGACGAGUGGCAAACAGCUCCUGAGGUGGCGCGGAUGGCUCUAUCCCGGCAACUGCUGCGGGACAACGCCCACAUCGCUGCUUACCACUUCCAUAAGCGUUAUACGCUAUUUAGGACUAUUGUCCUGAAGCAGAAGUUCAACCUAACGGACUCUUGGGGCCGCUACGAGUGGCAGGGCAGGGGUUCCAGUCACCACCACGGCCUAUAUUGGCUAAGCGGCCACCCAGACUUAGAUCCUGACAACGAUCCGUCCCGGGAGCAAUUCGCCCGCAUCUGGGGAUAUCACGUAUCUGCUGUCAACCCAGAGCCUCAGCGAAUACAGGGCGAGAGGAACGAUGGCCAGAUUAACCACUACAACCGCUUGCUUACCGUUGCGUGGCUAGCCAAUACAGAUGUUUCGCCCUGCACGAGCCUCCAGCAGGUAAUCGAUUACGCGGCCAAAUACUGCUCCAAGUCGGAAAAGAAGAGCGAGUCUUUUGCCCAGAUCGGGAAGGCCCUGAUGCCCCGGGUCAAGGACCACAACCCCCUUAUUUCUUUCACGUCAAAGCUCCUUAAUCAGCUGGUUGCUGAGCGGGAUUACUCGAAGCAGGAGGUCAGCCACUUGCUCCUCGGCCUGCCGUUACAGGAAGGCUCACGAACCUGCCUGUACGUUGACUGCCGUAAUCCUGACAGGCAUUCCCGCUCCCUCCGUAUUGACGGCGAUGAGGUUGACGAGGCCCCCAACGUUUACGAAAAGUACACUCAACGCCCGGAAGCCCUAGCGGACGGACCCUUCCAAGUGGAAGCAAUGGCAGCUAGGCAACGUUAA